GGACUUCCGGGGCGGCGGUUGCAUCAGAUUCUGGAGCUCUGAAGCCGGCUCGGGCGCUGCGAUGGCGGGUUCCACCGGGGAUCAGGGAAAGGGCCGCCGGGCACAGCCCCAGUGGAGCCCCCCGGCCGGGUCGGAGCCAUGCAAGCUGCGACUGUACAACAGCCUCACGAGGAGCAAGGACGUGUUUGUCCCCCAGCACGGGCGGAAGGUCACGUGGUACAGCUGCGGCCCGACCGUGUAUGAUGCGGCGCACAUGGGCCACGCCAGGUCCUACAUCUCCUUCGACAUCCUGCGGCGGGUGAUGCGCGACUAUUUCGGGUACGACGUCUUCUACUGCAUGAACAUCACGGACAUCGACGACAAGAUCAUCAGGCGGGCCCGCCAGAACCACCUGUUUGAGCAGUACCGGGAGCAGCAGCCCCCCGCGCCCCAGCUCCUGGCCGAUGUCCGUGCGGCCCUGCAGCCGUUCUUGGCCAAGCUCCGCGACACCUCGGACCCGGACAAGAGGCAGAUGCUGGAGCGGCUGCAGCAGGCCGUGGCGCUGGCCACGGAGGCCCUGGACACGGCGCUGCAGGCCCCGCUGGCCGCCGAGGAGACCGCCAGCCGUGCACAGGUGCUCCUGGAGCAGGCCAAGGACCUGCUGUCCGACUGGCUGGACUCCAGGCUGGGCAGCGCCGUGACCGACAACUCCAUCUUCUCCCAGCUGCCCAAGUUCUGGGAGGGCGAGUUCCACAGGGACAUGGCGGCCCUGAACGUGCUCCCCCCGGACGUCCUGACCCGAGUCAGUGAGUAUGUGCCGGAGAUCGUGGACUUCGUCCAGAAGAUCGUGGACAACGGCUACGGCUACGUGUCCAACGGCUCCGUCUACUUCGACACGGCCAAGUUCGCAGCCAGCGAGAAGCACAGCUACGGCAAGCUGGUGCCGGAAGCCGUGGGGGACCAGAAGGCCCUGCAGGAGGGGGAAGGUGACCUGAGCGUGUCCGCCGAGCGCCUGAGUGAGAAGCGUUCCCCCAGUGACUUCGCGCUCUGGAAGGCCUCCAAGCCCGGGGAGCCCGCCUGGCCGUGCCCCUGGGGCAAGGGCCGGCCCGGGUGGCACAUCGAAUGCUCCGCCAUGGCCAGCGCCCUCCUGGGCUCCUCCAUGGACAUCCACGGAGGGGGCUUCGACCUCCGCUUCCCCCACCACGACAACGAGCUGGCGCAGUCAGAGGCCUACUUCGAAAACGACUGCUGGGUGCGGUACUUCCUGCACACGGGCCACCUGACCAUCGCUGGCUGCAAGAUGUCCAAGUCGCUGAAGAACUUCAUCACCAUCCAGGACGCCCUGAAGAAGCACUCAGCCCGGCAGCUCCGCCUGGCCUUCCUCAUGCACUCCUGGAAGGACACGCUGGACUACUCGGACAACACCAUGGACUCGGCGCUUCAGUACGAGAAGUUCAUGAACGAAUUUUUCUUGAAUGUGAAAGACGUCCUCCGCGCCCCUGCUGACCUCGCCGGCCAGUUUGAGAAGUGGGAGGCCGAGGAGGCUGAGCUGAACCGCAGCUUCUUCGACAAGAAGGCGGCGGUCCACGAGGCCCUGUGUGACAAUGUGGACACACGCACGGCGCUGGAGGAGAUGCGGGCGCUGGUGGGCCAGUGCAACCUCUACAUGGCGGCCCGGAAGGCCGCGCGCAGGAGGCCCAGCCGGGCCCUGCUGGAGAGCGUCGCCCUGUACCUCACCCGCAUGCUGAAGAUCUUUGGGGCCAUUGAGGAGGAGAGCUCCCUGGGGUUCCCGGUCGGCGGGGCCGGCACCAGCCUGAACCUCGAGGCCACGGUGAUGCCGUACCUGCAGGUGCUGUCGGAGUUCAGGGAAGGGGUGCGGAGCAUCGCCCGAGAGAAGAAGGUGCUGGAGGUCCUACAGCUCAGUGAUGCCCUGCGAGAUGACAUCCUGCCCGAGCUGGGUGUGCGCUUGGAGGACCAUGAAGGCCUGCCCACGGUGGUCAAGCUGGUGGACAGGGACACCUUGCUGAAGGAGAGAGAAGAGAAGAGGAGGGCUGAGGAGGAGAAGCGGAAGAAGAAAGAGGAGACAGCCAGGAAGAAGCAGGAGCAGGAGGCGGCCAGGCUGGCCCGGAUGAGGGUCCCGCCCAGCGAGAUGUUCCUGCCGGAGAGCGACAAGUACUCCAAGUUCGACGAGAACGUGCUUCUGGUCUGCCCACGCACGACGCGGAGGGCAAAGAGCUCAGCAAGGGGCAGGCCAAGAAGCUGAAGAAGCUCUUCGACACGCAGGAGAAGCUGCACAGGGAGUAUCUGCAGAUGGUCCAGAGCGGGAGCCUCAAGUGAGCGGACCAGGGACGGGCCUGUCAGCCGCCGGCCUCGGCCCCGCGGCCCUCAUCAUGCUCGCGGCCCCGCCGGGUCGGCAGUUCUGUAAAAAUCAUGUUCUGGGGCCGUGCUGGGCCCCGAGACUAAUAAACUCCCGCGACAAGGAC